AUGCCAGCUCCAGCCCAUCUGUUCCCGUUGAUCCGUAGCUGCGAGAUCGGCAGGCUCUGCAGCGCCGCGUGCUACUGCCACCGCAAGCAUCUGUGCUGCGUGUCGGCUCACUUCACCCAUGGGCACUUCAGGUGUGCGCCUCAGAGGAAGUUCGCAGCGCUCUGUAGGCCCAAGGAGAACUUCAACCGGUUUAUCCACACGAGGGAUUAUGCUUCCACCCCGCAGAGGUUUUACCUCACUCCUCCACAGGUCAACAGCAUUCUGAAGGCGAAUGAAUACAGUUUUAAAGUCCCGGAAUUUGAUGGUAAAAAUGUAAGUUCUGUCCUUGGCUUUGAUAGCAACCAGCUCCCUGCCAAUGCCCCAAUAGAAGACAGGAGAAGCGCUGCCACUUGUUUGCAGACGAGAGGGAUGCUCCUGGGUGUGUUUGAUGGCCACGCAGGCUGUGCUUGUGCUCAAGCUGUCAGCGAAAGACUGUUUUACUACAUUGCUGUCUCUCUGUUACCUCAUGAGACUUUACUUGAAAUAGAAAAUGCUGUGGAAAGUGGUAGAGCUCUGCUGCCCAUAUUACAGUGGCACAAACACCCUAAUGAUUAUUUUAGCAAAGAGGCUUCCAAGCUUUACUUCAAUAGUCUGAGAACUUACUGGCAGGAGCUCAUUGAUCUCAAUAGUGGAGAGACUACUGAUGUGAAAGAAGCUUUAAUUAAUGCUUUUAAAAGGCUUGAUAAUGAUAUUUCUUUAGAAGCUCAAGUAGGAGAUCCAAAUUCUUUUCUUAACUACCUAGUACUAAGAGUAGCUUUUUCUGGUGCAACUGCCUGUGUGGCCCACGUAGAUGGUGUUGACUUGCAUGUUGCAAACACAGGUGACAGUAGGGCAAUGCUUGGGGUUCAGGAAGAAGAUGGAUCUUGGUCUGCAGUUAAUCUGUCUUAUGAUCAUAAUGCACAAAAUGAACAUGAAGUGGAACGUGUAAAAAUGGAGCACCCAAAGUCUGAAGAGAAAAGUCUUGUGAAACAAGACCGCCUCUUAGGCCUCUUGAUGCCUUUUAGAGCUUUUGGUGAUGUGAAGUUUAAGUGGAGUAUUGAACUACAGAAGAGAGUAGUAGAAUCAGGCCCCGAUCAGCUGAAUGACAAUGAAUACACAAAGUUUAUUCCUCCAAACUAUCACACUCCACCAUACCUCACAGCUGAGCCAGAAGUCAUACAUCACAAAUUAAGACCACAGGAUAAGUUCUUGGUUUUGGCCACGGAUGGACUGUGGGAGACUAUGCACAGGCAAGAUGUGGCUAGAAUUGUAGGGGAGUACCUCACUGGUGUUCACCACCAGCAGCCAAUAGCUGUUGGUGGCUACAAGGUAACUCUGGGGCAGAUGCAUGGUCUCUUAACAGAGAGAAGAGCAAGGAUUUCUUCAGUGUUUGAAGACCAGAAUGCAGCAACUCAUCUGAUACGCCAUGCUGUGGGUAAUAACGAGUUCGGCGCUGUGGAUCACGAGCGACUGUCCAAGAUGCUGAGUCUUCCAGAAGAACUGGCUCGAAUGUACAGAGAUGACAUCACGAUUAUCGUGGUGCAGUUCAACUCGCACGUGGUAGGCGCGUGUCAAAGUGAGCAACUGUGAAGUUCAGUAGAGUGAACUAGUUACCAAAGCUGUAACAAUGGCCAGUAUGAGCAGCAGAUUAGAAACCAACAAAUUGGUUGCUUGUUACAUUAAACAUAUCUAUUGUUCCUGCUUUUCCCCAGAGCUCUAAAUGUAUGGGAAGUGUUAUUGACCCAAAAUAAACUUGAAGAGGGUGACACAGCUUGGAAAGAAGCUUCUAAUAAUGUUGCACUAUUGAUUUCAUGAAUGCUGCUACAACACAGUUUUGAAUUUGACAGGACUAGAUAAGUGUGGGAAGGAGGACACAAUUUAUCAAACUUUGGCUGUUCAGGAAACAAAGCCUGUUUCUCAACAUUUG